AGUUGACUCUGUGCGGCGACACGGCGGCGUCAGCCGACUUCUUCCCCUUCCUCUGCCUCCCCAUGGAUAUGCACUGCAAGGCAGACCCCUUCUCAGCGAUGCACCGGCACGGGGGUGUCAACCAGCUCGGGGGGGUGUUUGUGAACGGCAGGCCCCUGCCAGACGUGGUGAGGCAAAGGAUCGUGGAGCUGGCUCACCAGGGGGUGCGACCCUGCGACAUCUCCCGGCAGCUGCGGGUCAGCCACGGCUGCGUCAGCAAGAUCCUGGGCAGGUACUACGAGACGGGGAGCAUCAAGCCUGGCGUGAUCGGAGGCUCUAAGCCAAAAGUGGCGACCCCCAAAGUAGUGGAUAAAAUCGCCGAGUACAAGAGGCAAAACCCCACCAUGUUCGCUUGGGAGAUCCGGGACCGGCUACUGGCCGAGGGCAUCUGCGACAACGACACCGUCCCCAGCGUGUCCUCCAUCAACCGGAUCAUCCGAACCAAAGUGCAGCAGCCAUUCCACCCAACACCAGAUGGGAGUGCGACGGGAGUCACUGCAGCUGGACAUACUAUAGUUCCCAGUACGGCCUCCCCUCCCGUCUCCAGUGCCUCCAAUGAUCCGGUGGGCUCCUACUCCAUUAAUGGGAUUCUGGGGAUUCCUCGGUCGAAUGGAGAGAAGAGGAAACGUGACGAAGAAGUAUCCGAGGGCUCGGUCCCCAACGGCGAUUCCCAGAGCAGUGUGGAUAGUUUGCGGAAGCACCUUCGCGCCGACACUUUCACGCAGCAGCAGCUGGAAGCUUUAGAUCGAGUCUUCGAGCGUCCUUCUUACCCUGAUGUCUUUCAGGCAUCAGAGCACAUCAAAUCUGAGCAGGGUAAUGAGUACUCCCUCCCAGCUCUGACCCCUGGUCUUGAUGAAGUCAAGUCAAGUCUAUCCAGCUCUGCUAACCCAGACCUGGGCAACAACGUGUCAGGACCCCAGACAUACCCUGUAGUGACUGGUCGUGACAUGGCAAGCACAACCUUGCCCGGCUACCCACCCCAUGUUCCACCAACCGGACAGGGCAGCUACCCAACCUCAACUCUUGCAGGAAUGGUGCCUGGGAGUGAAUUCUCAGGAAAUCCUUACAGCCACCCUCAGUACACAACCUACAACGAGGCCUGGAGGUUCAGCAACCCUGCGUUACUAAGUUCCCCUUAUUAUUAUAGUGCCACAUCCCGGGGCUCCGCACUCCCACUGCUGCCGCUGCCUAUGACCGCCACUAGUUACCAUGGAAACCACAUGAAACUGCAGGGCGACAGCCUAGGCCUCCAUAUUGUACCUGUCUGAUGAACAUUCUGCGCCACUCGGAAAAGGAUGAAGAAAACUUUCUCCGUGUCCCUCGCCUGCCCCUUCUGCCCCCCUCCGCCCUCUUUCAGACUGCAGAACGUACUGGAAUACCACACAUUUGAGAAGCUCAUGCCCCUUUGUAACCCAACCAAGCAACUUCACUGGAUUGAUGGCAAAAGCAGGCCUGCAGCCAGCGCUCCUGCUCCUGUUGCUAAUGCCACUGCAGUACUUCAGACCACCCCACACAAAUUGUUCCUCGGUUCUCUAGCCUCCCAUGCCUUCCAUGCGAGGCUUCCUCUUAAGCGUGAGGGGAAUCUGAGCAAUAUAUAGCCUGCACUGUCGUCUUUUGGGAGUGGUAUGGACAGAAGGUAACAAAGGAGAGAAUGCUGCGUACAAUUCAUUGUUCUCCCUCAAGAGAUCAUCUGUGAAAAACACCUCCGCAUGAUAAGCGACGGUUUCCGGAAGCCAGAGGGAACCAACUGGCUCGGUCUUGCAAAGGGGGGAAAGACCUGUGUCAUCCUCUCUGUGUGUCCGGCAAGGGUUGUUUUGUGUGACCCAUUUCCCUCCCAUUUCCUCCAUAGGUUGGUUGAAUAAGGCCUUGCUUUCCUUACCGUUCCAUCCAAAGAACGACUGCGUCCGAUGUCAUAACCUUACGGGCUGGAGUUGGGACGGCAAGUCUCUCACACACAUGCACACACACCUACAGAGUCAAGUCAGACAGGAAGAUGGAGCGAUGUCAACCCACUGGCAAAAUGAAGAACUAUAUAAAUAGAUAUAUAAAUAUAACUGUUUUUAAUGCUUUGUCCUGAAGGUCUGUAAAAAAAAAAAAAGGAGGGGAGGGAAAUGAACAAAUUCCCCGUUUUCUAAAAAUCAAAAAAGUCCUGGCAAAAACAAGCUGAAAUAUCUCCCCAACCUGAAUGGCAGACAUGAAGAAUAGUUCUCCCCUUUCAUUCCUAGGUUUCAUUCUUUUUCUGUUACGCGCCGGAGUUGUGACAUGCAUGGCGGAGAGGAGUGCAGGUGUAUUCCGUGGGGAACUUGUUCACCUAAUACACAACUCCAGCAAGAUUUAUGAAGGAAAAAGCUUAAAUCCCCCAGUGACUGGUGUGCCACUUUUCAUUAAUCACUGCUGAAGGGGUAGAAACAUUUUGGGCAUGUGACACUGAACAAAAACAAUUCCAGACUAACUGGGAAUGUUUUCUGGUUCUCUGUCCUUCUAUACCAAUAUGGACUAGGUGGAGGGGUGUGUUUCUUCUCUCCGUGGAGCUGUGGUACUCUGAAAUAGUGGCACACAGUAAAAAGCAGGUGUCUUAUCCUUGAACCUCAAGCUUGUUUUAGCUGAGACUUACAUCAGUCAGCACAGCAAACUUCCCUGUUCUUGGGGCUGUUCAUUUCCUUGUUUCUGCAUGCCUAAAAACUGAGCAGAAUUUGGAUUUCUAAGAAGUUCACUUUUUUUUUUAAAAAAAAGGCUCAUUUCCUGUCUUUGUGGACCCAUAGAUGAAAACACACAGUUACCGUUCUAUAAAAGGUUGCUGCAACAGAGCGGUGGGAUCCGGCAUCACUCUCCAUCCUCUUAUCUUGGCAUCCGCUUGAAGUUCCGUAAGCAGCGCUCGUCUCCUCUUGCGACCACACCAUGAAAUAUCCUAUGGUUAAAAAAAAUCCCAAAUUAUGCAAACUCUCAAAAUGCCAGGAUCAAAAUGAAGAUGCAGAAAGGCACAUCUGCAUUAACUGAUGGUUUACAGACAUUGUUUUUGCAUGUGGAAUUUGCAGCAGGAUGUUGGAUGUUGCAUUGAAGGGUGGCAUUUAAGCAGAAGAUGGCAGAACAAAAUUUGCUCACAUUUUAUAUUUCAUAAAUCUGGUGUGUGGUGAGCAGUUAUCAACAGGGGAAAGGGAAAGCAUUCAUGGGGCAAACACAACAUCCUCCUCCAGUUUUCAUCUUGUCUCACCCAGAAGGCAGAGUGCGGACCAAAUUUCAAACUAGUGUAAAGCAGAAGGUUUUUAGCCUUGUUCUUUUCUUUCCCUUUUUCUUUUUACAAAUUGCCAUAUCCAAGGGGAAAUAAGAGAACUCUGUAUUUGGGGCAAUACUUUUGCUUUAUAAACCCCUUCUAUAGGGAUCAACAAAGCAUGUUGAUUGCCAGGAACUUUCCAUUUUUCUCUGUAACCUGCUUGCCUCCAUACGCAUCAACUCCCGGACUGAAAAAUCCGGGAUCAGCAGCGACGCAGCACCAGAAGUCGCUUCUACGCAUGUCCAGACAUGCGUAGAAGCAACUUCCGGUGCCGGUGCUGCCCGAUUCCCGGUGCCCAGACAUGGGCAGAGCGGCACCAGAAGUCACUUCUGGACAUGCAUAGAAGUGACAUCCGGUGCCGCUCUGCCCGAUUUUUGAAAAUCUGGGGGAAUUACGGGAUAUUUUGCCAUAAGGGAUAACAGUGGGAAACGGCUUUUAAAAACAGGGGUUUCCCACGAAAAAUGGGAGACUUGGCAGGUAUGGCUUGCCCCAGGUGAAUUGACCAAGUCUAUUUUACCGUAAUUCACCAAUAUUUGUCUGAGACGAUUCAAACAAUUGUUUGCUUGUCACAGAUGCUCACAAGAACAAGCUUUUUUAUGUUCUAGGCCUAUGGAAGUUACCUAUAUACACAUCUGUGCUGUAUACUGUAUGCCAUUAACACCCCCAAAUUAUAAGGCUGUAGCAGGAAAUCAUUCUGUAAAUAUACCUGCUCUCUUAUCUCAUCCCGUGCACACAAAGAAACAUUGGGCAAACAGACAGUUUCAGUGCUUCCUCAAACCUCAUCCCAAAUCCAGCUACAUCGCUCAACAGUUUAAACAUAUACGCACACCAAUUGCUCAUGCCUGUUUGGGGAAUGGCACGUGUAAGAGUGCCCAUUUGACUAAUGUUAAAUGUACCCCCCAGAAUGUCUGGGAAGGAAAAUAGCUAACUGGGUCAACGGAAAACUUGUUAGGUCCUUGAAGCCCCAACUUUGGCUAUCCCAGAAAAGAGAGAGUGUAAGAACACUUGACACAUCUCACCUACUUAAAAUUUUCUGGUUCAGGAAAACACAAAUAAAGGAAGAUGCAACUGAGAAUAGUCUGACCUUUCAUUCAUGGUCUUUUACUUACACUGUCCAUAACCACUGGUUUGAUUUGGGGCCUGCUGACAUAAUGUUACAUUGAUUUUCGAUUUGGCCUGGCAUGAUCAUAAAGAGAGCAAGCAAUUCUAUUUGGAACAUCCUAUGCAAAGGACUACCUAGGCUCAGUCUUAGUCUUUCCACCUUGCCUUCUAAGAGCCACCUGCAAAUGUGUAUUACAUUUGCCAAAGAAUUUCUUGUGUUGGCCCCUGCUGUUUUGAGUUACAGUUGGCGGAUUGCAUUGUAAAGCAGUAUUAUAGCUAAGUUUAGUAACUGACAAGGGGGGGAUUUACGUGAUGAUAUUAUACGGAAGACAACCAUCAAUAUUCAUAUAGAUCCGAGUGGACCGGACUAUGCGGGAAAUGCAAAAAUUAUUUAAUAUUUUGUUAUUUGCGGGGGAGGGGGGAUUUGCUGCUUUGUAGGAAGAUGAUGUUUGUAAUGUGAAGGCAAUUCCUCUUGUAUAUAAGCCCAUUCUCCAUCCUCAUCAUGCUAAUGAUUGAAACAGGCUCACCUCAUCGUGUAGAUAAAAGAACGCGCAAUCUGUACUGUU